UGUUGGGGUAUGUCUCUUUAUUGGAGUUUGAGACCCAAUUGGUUUAUUAAAAGAGUUUAAUUUGGUUUAGUAUUGGUUAUAAUAUAUUUUUAUAUAUUAUAUCUAAUUUGUGGAGUCCUAAUUCAGCUUGAUAACAACUAGGGUUUUGAUAAAGCAAGUCCAAGAUUUAACAAUAUAUAUAUAUAUAUAUUGUUUUGUGUGUUCGGGAGUGGAGCAGCAACAGCAAUUCCUUUUUGGUGAGAGUGCUUGGUGUAUAACUCAAAUUGGUGGGUUUCAAUUGGUGUUGUUUGUUGCUGUGUAUAGUCAAAUUCAAGAUUGGUGCCUUGGUUGCUGCACUGUUUUGAAACUUUUGGUUGGUUUUGACUCGAUCAAAUUCAAGAUUGGUGCCUUGGUUGCUGCAUUGUUUUGAAACUUUUGGUUGGUUUUGACUCGGUCAAAUUCAAGAUUGGUGCCUUGGUUGCUGCACUAUUUUGAAACUUUUGGUUGGUUUUGACUUGAUCAAAUUCAAGAUUGGUGCCUUGGUUAUCAUCAUUAACUUGUACAUCCCAAGAUUGACAAAAUCCACAUUCACUCUCCAAACUUCAAAACUUGAGCAAUGGAAAACCGGGUGGCAAUCGUUGGAGCCGGGAUGAGUGGCCUCCUCGCUUGCAGGUACACUCUAGAGAAGGGCUUUCAACCGGUGGUCUUUGAAGCUCAGGCAGGCAUUGGAGGACUCUGGGCUCAAACUAUUGAGUCCACCAAACUCCAAAACGACAAAGAAGCUUAUCAGUUUUCUGAUUUCCCAUGGCCUUCUUCUGUACAAGUUUUUCCUAGUAACACUGAAGUUAUGGAUUAUUUUGAAUCCUAUGCUCAGCAUUUUGGAAUUUUUCCUUAUAUCAAAUUCAAGUCAAAGGUCAUUAGUAUAGACUAUGUGGGUGAGUCUGAUGAAGAGUUACAGCGAUGGGAUCUUUGGGGUGGAACAGGGAAGCCAUUUGGUUCUAAGGGGAAAUGGCACUUGAUUGUCGAGCACACCGAAAAGUUCUCCACUGAGGAGUACCAAUUUGAGUUUGUGAUUCUUUGCAUCGGACGAUUCAGCGGUCUGCCAAACAUCCCAGAGUUCCAUCCACAGUAUGGCCCAGAAGUAUACACUGGUAAGGUGAUGCAUUCCAUGGACUAUUCUGCUAUGGACAAUGCGAAAGCAGCUGAAUUAAUUAAAGGAAAGAGAAUUGCAAUCAUUGGUUCACAGAAAUCUGCCGUGGACAUAGCAGCAGAAUGUGCAAAUGCAAAUGGAGUUGAUUAUCCGUGCACGAUGAUUCAAAGGAGUACCCAGUGGAUGUUUCCCACUGGCUAUAUAUGGGGAAUGAAUUUGGCAUUCUUAUACUUCAAUCGCUUUGCUGAGCUAUUGGUUCAUAAGCCCGGUGAAACAUUUCUUCAAAGCAUCUUGGCUAGUCUACUUUCACCUCUGAGAUGGGGCGUCUCAAAAUUUGUAGAGAGCUAUCUUAGAUGGAAACUUCCCUUGAAGAAGUAUGGGAUGAUACCGAAACACAGCUUUCUUCAAGGUGUUUCCUCUUGUCAAAUACUUAUGCUGCCUGAAAACUUCUACGGCAAAGUGGAAGAAGGGAGUAUCAUUUUAAUGAAAUCGCAAAGUGUUGGCUUCUGUAGAGAAGGUUUGAUUAUUGACGAAGAAGUUGAGCCUCUAAAAACCGACCUUGUAAUUCUUGCCACUGGAUACAAAGGUGAUGAGAAGCUCAAAAAUAUGUUUCAUUCUCCAACCUUUCAAAAUUGGAUAAUGGGGUCACCAACCUCCACAGUUCCUCUAUACAGACAAAUCAUUCAUCCACGGAUACCACAAUUGGCGAUAAUCGGAUUUUCAGAGAGCUUCUCAAAUAUAUACACCUCGGAGAUUAGAUGUCAGUGGUUGGCACAUUUUCUCAACAGAACGUUUGAAUUGCCGAGCAUAACGGCGAUGGAGAGAGAAGUGACGAUGUGGGAAAACUACAUGAAGCGGUAUGCAGGCGGGCUUUACAGAAGAUCUUGCAUUGGUGCUCUACAUACAUGGUACAAUGUUCAAUUGUGCAGAGAUAUUGGAUGUAAACUGAGAAGAAAGAAGGGUUUGUUUGCAGAGUUGUUUGAACCGCAUGGACCAACAGACUAUGUAGGACUCGAACCUCAGUGAUCUAAGUGGAUCAAAAAAUAACCAAAAGGAAUUGAGUGUGGUAAAUGGUUCUUCAAUAGAGCGUAAUCUUGAUUCUCCAUUUACAACGGAACUUGUUGCAUGUAAUCGAGCAAUCCAAUGGGCAAAAGAGUGUAAUCUUCUGCAAAUCUGCAUUUGGACGGAUUCCAAGCUUUUAGUGGAUGCUUGGUCUAUUAGUACUAUUAUAGCUGAUAUAAAGAUGGCUAGUAGGUCUUUUGAUUA